AUGUUUCGUAAAGCCAAACAAACGAUUGCUCCUCUCCCGAAACCACCGACCGAAGCACAGAUGCUGGAAGACUUGCAGCUGUUCCACGAAACGAGAUCAACAGUAUCGCAACCCGCCAGCAAAGAGAACCUACCAACCCUCACGGAAGAGUCGACCAUGGACGAAUGGUGGAAGGUGUACGAUGCCUCGGUGCAGCAACACGAGCAGUUCUUUGACCAAAAGACGAAUGCACUGGAGCUGAAACAGUCGCUGCAGGAAAUGCGAAGUGAAUUGCAAGCAGUGUGCGAUAAAUUAAUGGCCGAAAUCGAGCAAGAUCUGGGACGGCUAGCUGCCACGAUGUCGGAAUAGAUUGCUGCCUUGGGAAUGGUUUGAAUGGAUGGCUAAAACGUUGAAUUAAAAUAUCUACUGUGAUGAGCGUAACGGAAUAAAACUACUACGGGUUAACUGUAAUCCUGAA